AAUUCUACCUUCCUGGCUUCAGGUAAGGCUGUCUGACCAGAAGUAGCUGUGAAGAGCAGAAAGAAUGGGGCGGUCUUUCUCUCUGAUGCUGAUGGUGGUGGUGACCUCUUGGUUCAUCACAGCUGUAGCCACUGACAGCUCCGAAACAAAUAGGUGCUCUGAAUGUCACAGCAAUGCCACCUGCAUGGAGGACGGGGUGAUCACCACGUGCUCCUGCAAGGAGGGCUUCAGCGGUGACGGUCUUGUGUGCGAGGACCUGGACGAGUGCGCCAUUCCAGGGGCGCACAACUGCUCAGCCAACGAAAGCUGCGUGAACACUCUGGGUUCCUACACGUGCGUCUGCCGGGAGGGUUUCCACCGGACGCCAGGGCUCGGCUGCACCGACGUGGACGAGUGCUCUGAGUCAGGGCUUAGCCACUGCCACGCCCUGGCCACCUGUGUCAACGAGGAGGGCAGCUACUCAUGCGUGUGCCCCGCAGGCUACUUGGGGGACGGAUGGCACUGUGAGUGCUCCCCAGGCUCCUGCGGGCCGGGCCUGGACUGCUUGCCCGAGGGCGACGCGCUGGUGUGCACCGAUCCGUGCCAGGCGUACACCACCCUGGACGAGUACUGGCGCAGCACCGAGUACGGGGAGGGCUAUGCCUGCGACAGUGGCCUGAAUGGCUGGUACCGCUUCGUGGGCCAGGGUGGCGUGAGAAUGGCUGAGACCUGCGUGCCCAUCCUGCGCUGCAACACGGCCGCGCCCAUGUGGCUCAACGGCACGCACCCGUCCAGCGGGGAGGGCAUCGUGAGCCGCACGGCCUGCGCGCACUGGAGCGGCCACUGCUGCCUGUGGGACGCCCCAGUCCAGGUGAAGGCCUGUGAGGGCGGCUACUACGUCUACAACCUGACAGCGCCCCCCGAGUGUCAUCUGGCGUAUUGCACAGACCCCAGCUCCGUGGAGGGGACGUGCGAUGAGUGCAGUAUAGACGAGGACUGCAGAUCGGAUAAUGGCAGAUGGCACUGCCAGUGCAAAGGGGACUUCAAUAUCACCGAUAUCUCCCUCCUGGAGCGCAGACUGGAGUGUGGGGCCAAUGACAUAAAGGUGUCCCUGAGCAAGUGCCAGCUGAAGAGUCUUGGCUUCGAGAAGGUCUUCAUGUACCUGCGUGACAGCCGGUGCUCGGGCUUCAACGAGAGAGGCAACCGGGACUGGGUGUCUGUGGUGACCCCAGCCCAGGCUGGCCCCUGUGGGACAGUGAUGACGAAGAAUGAGACCCACGCCACCUACAGCAACAUCCUCUACCUGGCAGAUGAGAUCAUCAUCCGUGACCGCAACAUCAAAAUCAACUUUGCCUGCUCCUACCCUCUGGACAUGAAAGUCAGCCUGAUGACCUCCCUGCAGCCCGUGGUCAGUGUCCUGAACAUCAGCGUGGGCGGGACAGGCAUGUUCACCGUGCGGAUGGCGCUCUUCCAGAGUCCUUCCUACACGCAGCCCUACCAAGGCUCCUCCGUGACGCUGACCACCGACGCCUUUCUCUACGUGGGCAUCAUCCUGGAUGGGGGCGACCUGUCCCGGUUUGCACUGCUCAUGACCAACUGCUACGCCACGCCCAGCAGCAACGCCACAGACCCCCUGAAGUACUUUAUCAUCCAGGACAGAUGUCCAAGCCUUGAGGACUCAACCGUCCAGGUGGUGGAGAACGGCGAGUCCCCGCAGAGCCGAUUUUCCGUCCAGAUGUUCCGGUUUACUGGAAACUACGACCUGGUCUAUCUGCACUGUGAAGUGUAUCUCUGUGACUUCAUGAACGAAAACUGCAAGCCUACUUGCUCCGGCGGGACCAGAUUCCGCAGUGGGGGCGUCAUAGACCAAUCCCGGGUCCUGAACUUGGGUCCCAUCACACGGAAAGGUGAGAGAGCCCCUCCCUCCUCGACGUUCCUGGGACUGGGGCUCCUGAAAGUCUGGCUGCCUCUGAUUCUCGGGGCCACCUUGACCGUGACACUUCAGUGA